AUGGCUCCCAACUUAAAAGAUAUCAAGGAUAUCUCUUCCCGGAUCAGCUGUUUCGGGCUAAAUAACAAAGGCCAAGAGUCAGUUGAUAACGGCAAGCCGUCUCAGGCCCCCAACUCAACUAUGGCGAAACAAUCGUCGAAUCCAAUUCAGUCCAAAUCGCAUGGGCCACGCAACCAACAGUUUGCAACCCUUCCCAAAAAAGAUAACAGCAACUUGCAGAUACCGUCUCAGAAUCCAUUUGUCCCUGGAUACGCACCUGGAUACGCACCAGCAUCCUCGAGCAAGCCAUCCGCACAGUUGCUGAAUCCAUUUCUUCUUGCACAACCGGGUUCAGUGGUCUCAUUAAAGGCAAUGGCGCUAGGCAAUCCCCCGGCGGGAAAGAAGUCAACAAAUAAACAUCCCAUUGGAAGCUUUUUCACCCAGAUCGACUCAUCCGGUAGCAUACAUCCUCACAAGAGCUAUAGCUCUAUGGCAUCGCACAGCCAUUCCGGAUCAUCUCAAGGACAGGGCACGUCGACCAAUAAACAUCCGGCGUCUUUCUCAUGGUUUCCACCAUACCCAGAGGGCCCUUCUCAUCUCCACACACAGCCUGCUCCCCCUUUAGCCUCAAGUGAUGCCUCGGGUUCGUCAUGGGUUCCAGUACCAUCACAUUUUGCAGGUGCUUCACCUAUGCACCAUAUGCACCAGCCUCAUCCUCUAUUAGGCAACCAUCCACUCGUGCCCCUAGCUGAGCACCCACAGCAUCUCCAUUUAGGAGCCGGGUCUGAACAAACUCCAAUGUUGAAUAACCAACCUGGACUGAUGUAUAACCAGCAAAUACCGGAAGAUUACUAUCCCAUUCCCAUUCCAUUUCACGCUAUGCCGGAGUUCAUUCCAUUGAAUCAGUUUGGGGAGAUGUUCUCUCCCUAUCAGCCACCAGGUCAGGGGUCUCAAAGCGAAAAGAUGGAAAUAGACGGCCUAAGCCUCGAAGAUAACAGCGAGGACAGCGACGAAGACAGCGCCGAGUCACCGGACAUAGAGCAACCUCCCGAAAAUAUAGCCAUGAUCGAGGAGACUCUCGCCGACUUGAAGCCCCUAGGAUUAUUCGUCCAAGGGCUCGUUAAUCAUGCCUGUGCCGAAUGCCAUAAAAAGAAGACUAUGGGGCCCGAAGAUGUCAUAAAUAUGACGGCAACAUGGACUGGUGAUAAUGGUGGGAAAGUCAGCCUUGGUCUGAAAUGUCAAGAAAAGUCCUGCCCAGUAGUCACAUGUCUCGGUUGUGGGAAAGCAAUUCAUUCCACUAUGACGAACGGGUCAGGGGUUACCCUCAAGGUCGCCGAAAUGAAUACCACUGUGCAGUGGUGCUGUGAUGAUGGCAGACUAGCCGCAAUCUGGGCUCUCGCUUGCGGCUGGAAAGCCCCAAAGUCGAAGUCAGAGUCGAAGUCUCGAGCUAAUUAUGUGCUCAAAAGGGUUCGAGGAAAGGUAAAGAUCAAGGAAGCUACGGUACUCGACAAGAUACGGGGACCUCGCUCGCCAGCCCCUGGGAAUGGAGUCGGUUACGGUGAAGGGAGUGUUCCUCAUUCUUCCUUCUUUGGUCAGUUUGGUCAGUAUAGAAAUCACCCUAAGCAAUCGAUUCAAAAACGGACCAUAGACAUUAAAGAGAACCCUACCCACGAAAUUCAUUUCAGGCUCUUAGCUCUCUUGCUACCAUCUUGCAAGAGGGUAGCACCGUUCGACGCCUCCCCGCCUAGCCUUUUAUCACACAUAAUCUCGCGCAGCCCUUUACUAGAACACUCUGCAAUGAUGCUCAGCAACGGCUCUAUUGACGAAAUAUCAUCCAGAAGUCAACUUCACGAUUCAGUAUUGGACUUCUUCGACGCUCUAGGAAGCCAUCCAGCAACAGCAAACUUAGUAUACACUGACCGUACCCUUUAUUACGAAGAUGGGGGUAAUCUUCUAGAAGCCUCGCUCAGCCCUGAGAAGAGCAAAGGUAGAAUCGUUCCGAGGGACACGGGAAAGCCUCUGAUCGAAUUGCUAGGCAGUAUGGCGACCCAAUUACAGACUCUCCUCCGGUAUGCUAAGGGCACUCCUAUCGGAUUCCAGGGAUCCGAAGGACAGAAGUUACUAAAGCUUAGCCAACGUGUAAGCGAGAUAUCUACUCGGCACGUCGCAAACAUGCAACAACUUCAAACAGCCAUGGAUGUUAUUGAAGACAAACCGGAUAUCAACUUUUCUGAGUGGCACCGCGAAAACUGCGUCAGAGACGUCCCCGACGACGCGGUCCUACGCAACUUCGCCUACGCGCAGGAGGCACGUAGAGACGGUCCUCUAUUUCCGGAACGUGGGCGUAUGAAGAGAUUGGUCACGGAGAUAACCACACUAAUGAGCUCGCUACCAGAAGGCAUCUUCGUAUGCCACGGAUCUUCCCGGCUCGAUAUCAUGAAAGUCUUGAUCAUCGGUCCUCGGCAAACACCUUACGAGCACGGCUUAUUCGAGUUCGACCUGUUCUGCCCAUUCGACUACCCUAAUUCCCCGCCAAAGGUGCUUUUCAAGACGCCCAAUACCAGCAAAGGGCGCUUCAACCCAAAUUUAUACCAUGAUGGCAAAAUUUGCCUUUCCUUACUCAAUACGUGGCAUGGGGAGCCGUGGAGAGGAGACCAGUCUACUCUGCUCCAGGUGCUUGUCAGCAUACAGGCCAUGAUUUUCUGCGAGGAGCCGUGGUACAACGAGCCCGGUCGGGAGCGCGUCAAAGAAAAGAGACAGUCGGACACCUACAAUAUCUUCGUUCGAAGCAUUACGAUGCAGUUUGCCCAGCUACCCUGGGUCAAGACAAUCAAGGCGGAUGAUACAACCCAAGACCUAGCCUCCGGAACCAGUGCGAUGUCGCUGUGGAAGGAAACAGCCCGGCUAUACCUGCGCGCGAACACCAAGGACAUCUUGGAUACGAUUAAGGUUGCAUCGAAGUCGAGUUCGUCUACUCAACAAGAUAUAGCGAGAAACCUCAAAACCGCACUCAAGGCUAGCGGUUAUCUGGAUUAA